AUGACGUAUGUGUUUGGCCAGGCAGGCCAACACAGCUCAGUCCAGGCAGCUUGUGGCAACUAUGACCUAAGAAAAGGUUGUACAAAGAUCUUUGACCCCGUCUGUGGCACGGACAACUUCCUAUACGGCAAUGAGUGUGUGUUGUGCUUUCAGAACCUGCAAAGAAACACCAAUGUGCGCAUAAAGAACAGGGGAAUGUGCCAAAAGCCCUCUCCACGCUCUGACUCCACUCGAAACUAA